AUGGCUAAACCUUCGUCGGCGUCUGCAACGGCAAUCCGAUCAGAAGACUACUCUCACAGUCCGGCUCAUUACGCCGUCGUUUCGGGAGAUCACGCAACACUGACUCGUCUGCUUUCUUCCUUGCCGAAGCUAGGAGAUCCAGAGCAGAUCCGAACCGAGUCCGACUCACUCAGCCAGGAACGAGUCGCGGAUCAGAUCUCCGCCGUGCUCGACCGCCGCGACGUUCCCUCCCGCGAAACGCCUCUCCAUUUGGCGGUUAGGCUCAACGACGUGUUCGCGGCGAGGGCGAUUUCGUCAGCCGGCGCAGACAUUUCGCUCCACAACGCCGCCGGAUGGAAUCCGUUGCAGGAGGCGUUUUGUCGCCGGAAUUCGGAGGUUAUGAAAGUGCUUCUGAGGCAUCACCACCGAUUGGCGUGGUGCAAGUGGCGGCGGAGGUUGCCGCGAUUGAUAGCUGUUCUCCGUCGUAUGCGGGAUUUCUACAUGGAGAUCUCUUUCCACUUCGAGAGCUCGGUGAUUCCGUUCGUCGGGAAAAUGGCUCCCUCUGAUACUUACAAGAUCUGGAAACGCGACGGUAACCUCCGCGCUGACACUACCUUGGCUGGAUUCGACGGAUUGAAAAUCCAGCGAGCGGAUCAGAGCUUUCUUUUCCUCGGCGACGGUGACGAAUCUCUCGACAUCUCUCCCGGAUCGUUGCUUGUGCUGAAUCGAGACGACCGCAAAAUCCUCGACGCCUUCGAGAGUGCUGGAGCUCCGAUUAGCGAUUCGGAUAUCGCCGGAUUCUGUUCCCAGUCCAGCUUGUACCGUCCGGGGAUGGAUGUUACUAAAGCAGAGCUCGUCGGAAGAAUGAAUUGGCGACGGCAAGAGAAGAUGGAAAGCGUCGGAGAGUGGAAAGCUAGGGUAUACGAAAUCCAGAAAGUCACUUUCAGUUUCAGAUCCCGGAAAAUCGUUAACGACAACGAUUUCGCCGGAAGCGAACAAGUCCUACCUCUAGAGCUAGACGAAGACGACGACGGAUUCCUAGUAGCUGAGAAUCCGAGUUUCUUAUCUCAGCCUCCUCCACGACCGCAGAGACGGCACAGUAGCUUCGUCAAAGAAGAUAGAGAUUGGAUUUCCGUCGGGAGAAAAAGCGUCGAUGUUUAUCCAUCCGCCGCACCACCACCACCGCAGCAAUUCCAACCACCGAGACGAUCAGUAGCUCAAAUCCAGCCACCGAGAAGGUCAGUGGCCGUACCUUCAACAGUAUCUGCGGUGAAUCCUCCUCCUCCGUCUCCACAGAUCAAAGAGAAAGAAUUCGUGAAGAGCUUACAUCCAUCCGUUUGGUUAACGGAUCAAUUUCCGUUAAAGACGGAAGAGCUUCUUCCGUUACUCGACAUUUUAGCCAAUAAAGUUAAAGCCGUCGCCAGAAUGCGUGACCUCCUCACCACUAAGUUCCCGCCGGGAACUUUUCCAGUCAAGCUGUCGAUUCCGGUGGUCCCGACGGUGAAAGUAGUCAUCACAUUCACCAAGUUCGUCGAUCUUCCACCGGCGGAGCAAUUCUACACACCGCUCUCUAGUCCGAGAUUCCUCUCCUCUGUCGCUGACUCCGGUGAAGACCAAUCCGACGAGGAAAAGGUUGAGGCUCGAAACUCAGUUUCACGGCCGUCGACGUGGCUGAGACGCGCCGGAAAAACCUCACAACGGCGGAUAGAGGAGGAGGAGCAACAAACGGCGCCGGAUCCGUUUGCUAUACCGAUUGGGUAUAAGUGGACAAGCAUGAGUAGUGAGGACCUCUCAACACAUAAGAAUUCAGAGUUUCCAAAAAGAUAUCGUGAUAUGACAAGUUGGGCGGAUCAAUGGGGAACCGGAGGGAUCGGAGAAAUGCCGGAUGAAGAGAACACCAAAAGUGCCGGCGAUAAGAACUCCGGCAAGACCAAAUCGGGAACUAACAAAGCCAAGAUUGUUGACUUCAUAAGUCUUAAGUGGAUGAAGAAUCUUGCGCCCAAGAAGGAGAGGAAAGACUCUAAUUCUUGA